AUGUCGCGAAAUACGGGAGGCGCAGCACCCAACUGGCGCAUGAGGGGGGAUGAAGUCGACGCUGGGGCCUCGGACGACGACAUGGGCGUUGAAGACAGCCUACGAGGGCCGCAACGUAGCAUGCAGCCGCGCUUUGGACGUGCACAUGCCCCCAUCACGCACAGUGUGCCGGAUCUGCCCAACACACCCUCCUCUGCUGGCUUGCUGGAUGCCUACGCCUAUGCUGCCACUCCUGACGCGGCACUUCCGAACCACCCGCGCUCGAUGCUCGCGGAGCCACCUCGGAUCCAGCGACCAGCGCAGCAGGCUCCGACUCGAGGCGCAGCCACUUUGUCGCAAACGAGCGCAUUCCCACCGGGGCCAGCACGCGCAUCGUCGGGAUUGUUCGCAGCACCUGCGCCCAGACCCGUUCCGCACGGAAACCUCUUUGCACGGCCACCGCAAGCCUUUGGUGCCAGUCUAGGGCAUUUUGAUCUCGACAAUUCAGCCUCGGCCUCGAUCUCAAUCUCGGGCUCGUUUAGCUUUGGUCCAGCAGCAGCGAGGGUUCGGCCAGAAGGGAUGCCUUCCAUUCGGCCCGGACCUAUGCUGUUCAACGUUGGUCGAGCCGCUGCCGCUGUCCAGACUCGGCAGACUUCCGAUGCCGCCUUCUUUGCAGCACCGCAGACACCCGUUCGGCCGGGACGCGCCACUACGGCUGUUGCGGCCGCCACCGCCAUGGCGCAACCACCGUCGCCGGCCAAUCUGGAAACAGCGGCGCUGGCAGCCGAGCGCCGCACGCGCGAACAGCGCUCUGCACGUCCCGAUCCGAGCGCAGCAGCAUCGACAGCAGCGGCUGCAGGUGACGUGCCGAAUCGGCGCGUGGUCUCCUUCUCCACCACGCCGGCAGAGGCUGCCAUGACUCCAGCCAACAUGCUGGCGGCACCGUCGCGUGCGGGCGUCGCCGGCGCCGUCGCUGCGCGUGCCGGCGCAAACACGCGGAUGCUGGUGCCCGAAUCGAGCUUCUCGCAUCUCGGUCGCGCGCCUUCGCGGCCUAUGCUGCUGCCCGGUGCGGCGGCGGGCCAGCGAGACGUGAGCAUGUCGCUCUCGGACGUGUCUGCGUCGGUGCACGGUGCGGCGACGCGGCUGUUCGCGCGUGCCGCUCCGUUGCCCUCGGCGAGUUCGGGCGUAUUCGGCUCCGAGUCGAUCCGCGAUCCGCACCAGUCGUGGUCGCAAAAUGCCUCGAGCUCGCUGUCGGGGCCUGCACCCGAGCCGGUGGAGCAGGUGCGGCUACGGCGUUGGGACGGCACGCAGACCUCGGUGCCGGCGUACCUGGUGGCGGACAAUGCAGAGUCGGCGGUGGAGGAGCAGUUUGACUACGACACGAUCGCGCGCUUUGAUGUGCGCCAGCUUGUGGCGCGGCACGAUGCGGAUGUGGCUGGCGAGGGCAAGCCGCCGACGCAACAGGCGGACACGGAUGUGCUCCAGGCGAUUCUGGACAUUCAGCUCGGCCUGCGUGGCUUGCACGGCUGGUACGGACAUACCUACCGCAAUCCGCGUCGGGAUGCUGUGGCUUCGGCAGGCGGGGUGGAGAGUGGGAGGACCUCGCGGAAACGGCGACGUCGGGAUUCGGGUGCAUCGGAUGCAUCGAGUGCGUCCCACCCCUCGCGGCAGUCGGGAUCGGACGCGGAGAGUGACGAGGAUGCGCCGAUUGUGGUGUACGACACGUUUGGGCGCGUGCGCGGGAGCGUCACACUGCCGAACUACACCCAUCGGGGCGGGAGGGGGUUACCGCUGCCGCCUCCGCGCGAGACGCAGGCGGUGCGCAGUGCGAGUGCGGCGCAUACUGUCCGCACACGGGGUGCAGCGCUCGGGGAGAAGGAGGCGGCGCUGGUGCACCAGUGCGAGCUGGUGCGCGAGCGGUACGCGCAGCUCCAACCGGAUGCGCAUCAAACCGUGAGGUCCGCGGCGUUCUACAAGCAGAUGGCCGCAAGGAGCGCUGCGUUGGUGGCGUUUCGGAAGCGACUCCGUCCAGCGCUCAUGGUCGGCCUCCAGAAUGCUUACCUCGACUCGGCGGUGGCUGGGUACCGCCGGUGA